AUGGAUGGUGAUGCUCCUCAACUGAAUGACUUGUUGUCAGCAUUAGAAGAUGGACAUAUCCAAACCAAAGCACAAAAAGAUUUAAAUCCAGUUUAUGGAAAACAAAGUAAAAUUAAAAAAAUAGGAAAAGCAUUAGAAGACUUUGAGAAACAAGAAAUUGAACAAGAGGUUGGGAAGAAACAAUUAACACAAGAAAUGAAUCGAUAUUCAAACAUUAUUCGUAGAAAUAAAGUUGCAGAUACUGUUGUUUUCCCACAAUAUAAACAUGAAGAAGCUACUCCAAUAGAAGAAAUUUCAGUUAAAAGCUCAUUAAAAGAUCAAAUAGAUUCAGUUGUUGAAUCAUUAAAUAUUGAAAAAGAAGUUAAAGAAAAUGAAAAACUUGUUUCUAAAAAGAUGAGUAUUGAAGAACAAAAAGAAAGAAUUCAAGAACUUGCAAAAUUAAGAGGACUUAUGUUUUAUGAAGAGAUUAAAGCAAGAAGACAAAAUAAAAUUAAAUCAAAGAAAUAUCAUAGAAUCUUAAAACAUGAAAAGGAUAAAGAAAAGAAAAAACAAAUUGAACUUAUGAUUGAAGAAGAUCCUGAACUAGCAGUUGAAUUUGAAAGAAAAAAAGAAUUUCAACGACUUCAAGAACGAAUUACUCAAAGGCAUAAAAAUUCAAAUUGGGCAAGACAAAUGAAACAAAAAGGAUUAAUGAAAAUUAAUGAAGUUCGUCAAGCUAUUAAUGAGAAAGAUAAAAUCGGAAAAGAAUUAGCAGAAAAAAUCCAAAAAGAAAAUAUUUUUGAUGAAAAACAAUUCUUUAAUGGACCUCAAUUAGAUAAAGAUAUUAGACAAAUGCUUGGAGAAGUUGUUAGUGAAGAUGAAGAUAAAGAAGUUAAUGAACAAGAAGUUGAGUUAGAAAAGAAAAUGGCACAAGAUAGAAUUAAACAAUUAACUGACCCAUCAUUAGAUAAUAAUGCUAUUAUGUCUAUGAAAUUUAUGAAAAGAGCUAGAGCUAAAGAAAUUGAAGAAAUGAAAGAUAUUCUUGCAGAUAAACAAAUGGAAGAAGAUAUAGAAAAAGAUGGUAUUUUAGUUGAGAAUAAUGAUGUCAUCCCUACUAAUCAAACAGCAGGAAAUAUUAAUAUGGAAGAUGAUGAUAUUAAAAUACAAACAAAAGAAGAUCAAAUUGCUAGUAUUAAUAUUGAGCAAGAAGUAAAUAACAAGAAAAAGUUAAAAGAAAAAGGAUUAGAUGCAAUGUUAAAAGAAUUACAAAAAGAAGCACAAGACAAUGAAGAAAUGAGUGAGGAAGAUGAAGAAAAAGAAGAGAAGAAAGAGAAUGAAACGAAAGAAGAUGAAAAGAAAGAAGAUGAAGAAAAAGAAAGUGAAGAAAAAGAAGAGAAUAAAGAAAAUAAUAAAGAAAAUAAUAAAGAAAAUAAUAUACAAAUUGAUAUUAGUGAUAAAGAAGAACAUAGUGAAGAAGAAAAUAAAGAAAGGACAAAAAUGGAAGUUAUUGAACUUAAAGGAAAUGAAAAUAAAAAUCAAGUCUUAGAAAUUCAAAAACAAGAAGAUAAUAAAGAAGAAGAAGAAGGUGUGUUUAAAGAAGACCAAAAAGAAAUUUUAAGACUUGCUUUUGCAGAAGAUGAUGUAAUGAAUGAAAUAGAACAAAUUGAUGAAGAAAAUAAAAAACAAAAAGAAGAGGAGCAUCAAAAAUCAAUUCCUGGAUGGGGUAAUUGGGUUGGAGAAGGUAUUGAAAAGAAAGUAAAGAAAAGCAAAGAAGAAAAAAAACCACAUAAACGUAAAAACACAAUUGUUUUCAAUCAAAAGUUUGAUAAUAAAUUUUCUAAGUACACUCUAGAACAAGUUCCAAAAGAGUUUGCUAAUAUCACUCAAUACAAAAAAUAUCUAAAUACAGCUAUUGGUAAAGAAUGGACAUCAUUAUUAACACAUAAUAAAUUAACACAACCCGAAGUUGUUAUAAGAAAAGGAAUGAAUAUUGAACCAAUGAAACCAUUGCAUAAGAAGAAAAAUUGA